CGUGGCCGAGCCCAUGUCGCUGCCUGCCCUCCCCGCCCGACCCCGCGGACCCGGAGGGAGGCCGCGGCCCGCGGGGCGGCUGCUCCGGCCCGACCCCACCCGGACCCCGGGGCGGCCCGCAGAGCCGGGAGCCCAGCCGGGCGCGCCCCGCGGGCCGAGGCCUGCGGGCCGCACUCCCGGAGCCCCGGCCGGAGCCCGCGCGCCCCGCUCCCCGCCGCGGGCCCGGGCGGGAGAGGGGGCGAGAGGAGGGCCCGUCCUCCCCGGGGAUGGAGGGGAUGGAGGCGGCGGCCCGACCUGCCGGCGGCAGCCUUCAAGGACCCAAAAUAGACAGCAGAACAGCCAGCUCCAUGGAGGUGACCUCAGCUGUGGAGAGAAGUGGCCCUGAGCCACAGCCGGAGAAUGGACACUUCCCAAGACACUGGCCCUGUCCUCGAGAAGACAGAACACCCAGCCUGAUGGCCCCGCAGCCUCCUGGGUCACCGGGGGUACAGCUGCAAAACCCCUCUGUGCUAGAGUCCAAGGUAAGGGCCUUGAAGGAGAAGAUGACAGCAGGCAAACAGGGGGCCAGCCCUUGCCUCACUCCGCCCGAGCGGCCUUCCCUCAAGAAACCCAAAUGCAGACAAGUCAGGACUCUGUCAGAGGGGUCUUCCCUACCUGAUGCCGUGGUGGUCCAUCUCACUCAGAAUCCGCACGACGGGUUGCUGGACAGCAGCCUUGCUGAGGAGGAGUCUGCCAGGAACGGGGGCCCCGGACCUCUCAGCUCGCCUGCCCAGAGCUGGAACAGGAGGAGUCCGUGGCCUCCAGAAGCAGUACGGACACUGCCUGACCACGACAGGGCUCUGCCACCAGGGCCCAGCUCUUUGCGAGAGAGUCAUGUCCACAGAGUCACUCCAGGCCAGCCUAGGGGCUCUGGUCCUUGUAACAAAACCACCCACAUGCCCAGCCUGAGGAAGGGAAGGUCAUACCCCCUGCAGGAUGGUCUCGUCACACGGGGAGACCCGGACAGCUUGUCUCUGACCUCCGAGGAGGGCUUUGUCCCCAGGCCGGCCCCGCUGGGGCAGCUCUGGAGAGCUGGAGACCUGGGGGCCCAGGGCAGUGAGAACAGCACCUUGUCCCUGUCUGACCGCGUGGAGAGGAACCGCCUUCUGCUGCAGGAGAUGCUAAGUGUUGGGGGGCAGGGCCCCGCCAAGGGGGGAAUCUCAGCCUGGACUUCAUCCCGGGACAGAGCUGUGCCAGAGCGACUAGCAGGGGACGUGGACUGGGACUCCGGCAUCUCCCUGCAGGACGCGGACCAGAGCGGGAACUUUGGUCCCAAGCCGGAGCCUGUGCUGAGCCCCAGGCAUGAGGAAGCCAAGCAUCUGCUGCAGCGAGCCCGCAUGAAGGCCAGGACCCGGCCCAUCCGUGCCAGCCACGAUAUCAUGCCCACCCUUGCCCAGAGCAGCCGAGAUGGGCGGAGAAGUCCUGCGCUGGACCCGAGGGUGACCUUUGCCGGCGGAGACAACCUCCAGAACGGGAACACGAGCGACUCCUCCAGCGGGGAGUCCAGCAGCGGGCAGUGGCCCAAGCGGGGCGCCUCCCCGUCGCAUGUCCGCUUUGAAGACGAGUCAGCCCGCGACGCCGAGUCCCGCUACCUGGAGCGGCUGCAGCAGCGGCAGCGCCAGGUGCGGAGCACCGCGCUGCAGCCGGCGGCCCAGGGCCCCCUGCGCUCCAAGCCCGACCUCGCCGACUACAUCCACGGGGCCUGCCGACGCCGGGACGCGGGCGCGGGCGCUCUCCACCAGCUGCUGGGCGGGCCGGAGCCCCGGGGCCUCCCCGCGCCGCCGCCCGCUCCGGGCAGGGAGAGGAGGUGCCGAGCCUGCGGCCACUGCAUCGCCCCCGGCCAGAGGGUCCUCCGGGAGCGCGAAACCGCCUGCGGGCUGGAGGUGCGGCCGCUCAGCUCUCCAGGCCUGGGCGGCCCCCUGCGGCUCUUCCCUGCGGAGCCCGGGCUCCACACCGAGUGGAUCCGGGAGACGCACAUCGGGGACCCGGCGCGCCCCGAGGAGGCGGACUCAGCCCUGGACAGCACGGACACCUCCGACAGCUGCAGGACCGACAGUGAAGAGGCCGGGACCUCCCAGCCCAGCAGGGCCCGCGCCAGCAGCCCCCGUCUGCGGGCCUCCAGGCCUCGGGGAGGCCACAGGUGGCUCCGCAGGGCUGAAAUGGAGCCGCUCCCGAGCCCGCAGGCCCCGCACCACCUGCCUGGGCUGGAGCCUGUGGAGGUGUCGGAUGAGGUGACAGAAGGCACGGGACAGACGCCGGAGGGGACUCUGCUCCCCAGAGGAGAUGCUUUUUCUGAGCCUCCUGUCCAGCACUCUAAGAGGGCUUCCCUGGGGUCCCAGUGGCAGCCUGGACCAGGGCUGCAGAACGACUGGGCUCAGCCAGUGGCUUCCCAACCAGCCUAUGCCAUGGCCCCUUCCAUGAAGCUCGGGUUCUCGGGGCCAAGCAGACAAGCCCAGGUUACAGAAAGCCACGAGUCUCUGGGAACGGACUCCUUGAAACAGAGCCGCGCAGAGCCGUCUGCCCCCCACCAGGCCCAGCAGCCAACUGCUUCCCUCUCCCCUGAAGGCUGGGUGCCCACCCCUCCCUCCUCAAAGAAAACCACCUCCCCUGUAUCUCACAGGAAAGCAGCACUGGCUGGACUUCACAGGCCAGGUGACCAGGGAGAGCCUGUGGACAGCCCCCUGCCUCCUUCCAGAAGUGUAGUUCCCAGGACCUGUGAGCUCACCCCAGCACAGCCCCAGCCCUGCAGCCCCCACGUCAGGCACCCAGUGCGGGCCUUGUCCACCAACAACUGCAACAACAGCACGCCCCGGGGGCCGCAGGAGCCCUGCGCAGAAGCCAUUCUCACGGGCAGUGGGGCGAAGGGCGCCUACAGCCAGAAGCCCACAGCGCCCCUGGAGGACCGCAGAGAUGGAGGACUCCAGGGCGGUCUCGCCUCAGCAGCUGUUGGCAGCAUCAGCUCCGUGGGCAUCACCUUCUCCCCGGCCUCAGAGGAGCCAGAGCCCAGCCAGGAACCAGAGGGAGGCCUGCAGAGGACAGAGCCGAGUUCUGUAAGGCAUGUGUCAUCCCGAGCAUCGCCGGAGGCCGGUGUGGGACCCAGCCCACCCUCAGCUGCCUCUUCUGACAAGAGCAAGAAAAGCAGCGGCAGCAUCGCCUCCACCCUGGGGCUGAAAAAGUUCUUCUUGGCCCUGACGAGUCAGGGCACGCGGCCCAAGUUGGGCAAGUCCCGCAGCUACAGUGUGGAGCAGCUGCAGCCCCCUGCUCCGGGCCCGGCUUCACCCACCAGUGCCCCCAAAGUGAAGAGAACCCCGUCUUUACAAUCCCUGCAUCCGGUGUCACCUUCUCGCCAACAUCGGAAAGCUGCCUCCUUUCAGAACCUCCAUUCUCUGCUGAGUGGCAAGGUGGACCGGUCCAGCCUCUACCUGGUAGGGGAGCCAGGGGAUCACAAUGCAGCUGACAGGCCCGCCAAGGCGCCGCCAAGGCGCGCCCUCAGCGUGGAGGACGUGAGCGCCCCGGGCCGGGCUCGCGCCGUGGGCCGCGUGGUGGAGGUGUUCGCGGACGGCACGAGCCAGCUGCAGCUCCAGCGCCCGCCGCAGGGCACGUUCGGCUUCCGCGUGGCCUCGGGCAACGGACGCCGGGACUCAGGGCUCUACGUGCAGGAGAUGGCUGAUGAGAGCACGGCCAAGCUGUACUCGGGGCUGCUGGGGGUAGGGGAUGAGAUCCUCGAAGUGAACGGGGCCAAGGUUGCAGGGCUGGGCUUGGCUCACAUUAGGGAGCUCCUGACCCACGCGGAGAGCUUGUCAGUCCGUGUGCUGAGGCAGAGGCCCGUCCCACGGUGACCCAGAGGUGCCUUUGCCCUCACUGUCACCCCCUUGGAAACCUUGAUCCGCCCCAGGGGGUGGCUGGGAGUGCACUACACGAAGCUGCUUUGUCUACUGAAAAUGAACCCAGCGGCACGUAGCCCCUUGCGCCUUGGCAGGGCUUCUGUGAUUGACCACCCCUGCAGAGGGAAGGAGCCUGUUUGUGUAUUUUGUUAAAGGAUGUUAAUUUAUGCAGAACUGGGGAAAGGAUAUGGGUGUGCAGCCUUGACCAGGCCUGAGGUGGUGUCAACAUCUUCCUGCACCUUUGUUGCCAGGGGGAGGAGAGAGAUUCAGUGGGUCCUUCGGUUGGUCCCUGAGCAUCGCCUUACCCCCAAGUCCCAUCCCACACGGUCAAGGGCUCCCCCGGCCCCUCCCACUCUAGAGCCAAAGAAAAUACUUGGCCAUAUUGGCCUUGGGCCCGCCUUUUUCAGUCUUAUUUUUCCCAGCUCCCAUUCAACACCUUUGCUCUUUUUCCAGAAAUGGACAAAGUGUCCUGGAGUAACAGCCUUACAGCCAUUGACCAUAUAUUCCAAACCGAAAAUCAGCACAUGUGGUCUGGUGUGAGAACAUCUGGGAGAUGUUAUCUGGUAGUCAGAAUGUUAAGAAUUUCUGGGAAAUCUUUGUGAUAUAUAAGGUUGAAGGAACAAAAUGAAACCAAGACCAAUUUCAGGGAAGUGCAGCUGUGGCCAGUGGGACUGGCCAGACGAACCCUGCCCCCUACCGCAGCCUGGCCCUGAGUACCUCUGUCUUCCUUCUCCUGUGACCUUGGACAUGGGCUGCCGCUGGUGCCAGGCUGUCCCCAGCCACAAGCUCUCUGCCCAGACUCCCUGAGGGCAGCUGUGGGUGGGCCGCUGGCAGGGAGAUGGCAGGGCAUGAGCAGGGGGAUGGGCUGUCCUGCCUGGGCACUUCUACUGCCCAAAGUGUUGGGACUCCCUGGGAGUAGCUGGCUGUGUGUUACUCUUAAAUUAUUAAAAACAAAGC